GUUCGACAUUAUUUAUUGUAUUUUCUUUUAAUGUCGUGUUUUUACCCCGUAACAGUAAUUUCUUAGUGUGCUGAUGCAUUUUAUGUAUUACGCCGUGAGGGAUUUCAAUAACCGGAAAUGUAAGGAUUGCUGCUCAUUGCAAGGCAAUAAACGGUACUUUACAAAGUGUGCGCUCGAUUUGACGGACAUUUUCCAAACAUUUGAAGGAGUCUUGGCUCACCGACGUCUUUCUGCAGGCUCCUGCGGAUAUCUUUGUAUCUGCAACCUGAACAGGAUAUGAAAAGAUAGAAUCAUUUUUGAAUUAUCAAUUGCUCACACGUGCAGGACAAAACAUUUCAGAUCACGUUACGCUACCCGGAAGUGCACAUAUGCCAAGGAACUGGGAGGAUUCCACUUCAGCCAAAGGCAACCUGAAAGUACCGACAGUAUGUCCGUUAUUUAGACAUUUGACAAUAAUAAGAAGAAGACGCUUUAAGACAGACAGAACCCACCAAGAGAUGUCAAAAGGAGUCAAUUCUUCUUGUCCCGAGUCGUCUUCUUCGGAUGAAGAGUCAAACUCAUCGUUCCUCAUGGCUUCUGACACAUUGGCACAGGAAGUAGUUAUUCAUAUGAAACAUUUUGACAGCAGCAUCUUUAUAAUUGUUGCAGUGGUAGCUGACAUACAAUGACGUCAUUUGUGUGCGCAAAACGUAUUCAAAACCGAACAAAAACAGUUAACGUGUUUGACGCUAGCGACAACUAAGAACUACUGCGGGAGUUGCUAGCAUUAGCCGUGUAGCUAGGCUAUGAAAUCGAAGCUACGCGUAUAAAAACUCAAGGUGGAAAAACAGUAUAGAUACAAUACACAUAUAUCUGUAAACAGCUUAAUUAAAUAUCGGUGAAGGUUUGUCUUCAUUUCCUUACGAGGCUUUGUUGUCGAAUGUUUUGACAGCGCAGUCAGUCAGCUGCUACAGCGAUUUGAAAACUGCAGGAGAGUAUUAGCCUAUCAGAGCGACGGACGAUGUUGUGGCCACGCCUUUCCCGGAAAAAGAAAGCCAUACGGGGGUGGCUUGAUUUUAGUAUACAGGUUAGAUUGUACGGGUGGGGCACAAGUCUUCUUCCACUUAAAGAAAAUUGCCAUGUAUUUGAAUUUUUAUCUCAAUGAAGAUAUUAUUUUAAUGAAAAAACAUGUUUAAGUAGACUGUUGCAUGUUUUAGAAUCACAAAAAACAGAUUAAAAUCAAUGCUGGUUAUUAAAAAUACACCCAAUUAGAUUUGUACUAAGUAAACACCUCUUAUAUAUAUAUAUAUAUAUUAUAUAUAUAUAUUAUAUAAAUAUAUAUAUAACUGUGUUCAUGUAGUAUUUGAAGUGUUGCUGCGUGGUUUGUGCUCCCGGUGAUCACGUCACGCAGGACAUCUGCUGUCCACCAGGAGCUGCAGCACAAACACAAACCGCCACGCUCCAAACAAGUUGUAUCUUUUUAGACGGGCAGAGAAAAGGGACAUUUGAAGCAUUUUGCCUCUUUUAAAAAACCUACUGAUCCUUCCUGCUGAGGUAAGUUGAAAAAGAUGAUAUUUCUAUCAUUUUCCAGCAUAUUUUAUCAUUGUAUUUUGCCAUUGAGACUCCAAAACAUUUAGUUUGCAGGUGAAAUAAGUUGUCUAAAAAUUCCACAUAGAUGAUUUUUUAAGAAAAUCAUGAUUUUUAUGUUUUAUGCAGUUUGUAGAUGCAUGGUCCUUGUGCUAGCGCAAUGGUUUUGGCUGCGGCAGAAGUAGUAGCAGCAGCGGCAGCAGCAGCAGGCUGACCUCCUGCAGGGCAUGCACAGCUCUUUGGCGGGUUGCUUCCUUCCUUAGCGGAGGGGGCUGUUGGCAGGGCCGUGCUUGAGCAGGCAGGUCAUGAAGCCUCAGGAGGCGGAGCUCGUCACUGAAAUCUCCAAGCUCCAAAGCAUGGUCUCUGAGCUUCGGACGGGCUUGACGGGGGCCGUCCUGGACCUGGCCCACAUCCAGCACGGAGACUCCUUCCUGCGUGAGGAGCUGGAGGAGAACAGGCGGCGUUGUCAGAAGAAAGCCGUGCGCCUGGAGGCUCUGGUGGAGUCGCUGAAGGAAGAGCUGGCCGUGAUGCGUUGUCAGGUGUUGCAGCUGUGCGCCGACGGACGGCGACCUCCGCAGGACGAAGACGGCUCUGCAGACCAAGACGUCCAUCCAGCUGAUGGGCGGGGCCAGUGUGACCGCUCGUCUGCGGGAGGGGCGUGGUCCUCGGAGGCUCCAUGCAGAGGAAAAGCCCUCCUCCAUUGCUUCCUGCAAGGCCUCAAAGCUGGUCUCACCGAAGGAACAGAUGCUCGACACCAGGUGGCGCUGCAGCUCCUCCACUCCGAAUGGGAAUACGUGUCCACGUUGAACGCGCUGUACGACGAAUACAAGCCGACAACGUCUGAAACUCGUGAGACGUUUGUCAAGCUUGUGGAGCAGCUGCUGCAGCGCCACCUGCUGUUCAGGAACACCCUGCAGGAGCGACUGUCUGGAGAACAUUGGAAGUCUCUGGUGGGAGACAUCCUGGUGCAGCUCGUCGGACAAAACGACACAUCUUUCUCGGACAUGUACGUGGCCUACACCAGCACGCUGGCGUCCUUCCUCUCGCUGGAGAUCAGCGGACCCAAUCCUCCUGCUGAGGAGAAGCAGAGUGGCCGAGCGGAAAAGGAGCAAAUCCAAGUCCUUUCGCUUCUUCUGUCGCCCGUGUCCCGUGUCCACUGCUACCUGAGUCACAUCCAGAACCUGCUGCAGUGGACCAGUAAGGAACAUCCUGACUGCCGCCUCCUGCUGGGCACCGAGCGAGCGCUCAGGGACGUUUUGUGUCGUUGUCACGUCAUCCUGGAGGAAGACGUGCGGUGGGACGACCAGGAGGGACAACGUUGCUGUGACGUCACGGCUGGUGGAUCAUCUGCCAACAUCUCCAGCGGCGCUCCUCAGAGGGCAAAAGGAGAAACUGCAGCACAGGGAGAGUCUUUGGGGCUCACCAACGGGUCCGGCGUUGGCCACCCUUUGCGUCUGGAGUGCUGGUCCUGCAGCCCGGUGAGGAGGAAGAAAUGCCUGGAGCGUCUCCGCCCAUCCGGGCUCCCCCCACUCCUCACUCAGGACACCCCGGGAUGGGGCGAGACCAGCGGCUCAGGCCGGGGCGCCUUCAGCCGGCAAAAUGGGAAAGGAGCGUCGGAGCUGGACACCCACCACGGAAACCAGGACCUGGAGGAGCACACGACGGACGGGGACACCUCAGCCUUGGACGACUCCUCCGUGACGUCCUGCAGCCCUGACGGCGCCCUGUGCAGGGAGGCGCCGGAGGACGAGGAGGACAACCAGGUCCCGGUGCUCCUGAAGCCUCGGCAGCAUUCCGAGAGGAGCGUUUGUCUCAGGUGGCAGAUUCCCAGAUUGACCCCUCACCCCCCGGUAAGGAAGUCCACCAGGACGUUCACAGACGGGCCCAGCCUUUUCACCUCCUGCUUGGCCAGCAAGAGGCUGGUCAGCGUCAGGACUGGCUCUCCUCCGCUCCGCGCCAACAGCGCCUUCAGGCCCAUCUGGGACGACCCGUCUAAGCAGGCCAACCCGGCUCCAGAGAAGGACCACAGGCAAGGCUUCAUCCCGGUCCAGACGUCCUCCAGGCAGAACUUGGUGGCCGUGAGGGACAACCUGAGACCAGGACCGGGCCUGCUGGCUCAACCCAACUUCUCGGUGGCGCCGCCUAGUGGAACUCUGUGGGACGAUAGCGAGGACAGCGAGGGACCAUGCAGCACCGUUUGACUCUUUACUCCACUCCACUCAAGUAGACACCGUGCCCCAAUAAACUGCCAUUGAACCUUAACACGUGGCAUCUGUAAAGCUGACAUUUUAUCUGACCUUAAACUUCCUUUAGAAAGGACCGCCGCACUUCGUCCAGUGGGAGCCUCCGCUCUAAUAGACGCCGCACCUCAAUUAAUAAACAUAGACAUUAUUAAUGGAUGGCAUCUGUAAAGCUGAAGUUUAAGAUGACCUUUAAACCGGACUUGGGACAAAAGCAAAUCACUGGAGUUAAAAAUACUGUAUUUUCUCCAUUGGCAGCCUCCGCUCUAAUAGACGCCGCACCUCAAUUAGUCACCGUAGACUUCGUUAACAGAUGGCAUCUGUAAAGCUGAAGUUUCAGUUGACCUUUAAAUUGCACUUGGGACAAAAACAAACCACUGAAAAUUAAAAUUACUGCAUUUCCUCGACUCUAAUAGACACCAUACCUUAGUUAAUCACCAUAGUCAUCAUAAACGGAUGGCAUCUGUAAAGCUGAAGUUGAAUAUGAUCCUUAACCUGUACUUGGGACGAAAACAAUACACUGCAGUUAAAAAUACUGCAUUUCCUGCAAUGGGAGCCUCCGCUCCUAUAGACGCCGCACCUCAAUUAGUCACCAUGGACUUCCUAAACAGAUGGCAUCUGUAAAGCUGAAGUUUCAGUUGACCUUUAAAUUGCACUUUGGACAAAAACAAACCACUGGAGUUAAAAUUACUGCAUUUCCUCGACUGUAAUAGACACCAUACCUUAGUUAAUCACCAUAGUAAUCAUAAACAGAUGGCAUCUGUAAAGCUGAAGUUUAAGAUGACCUUUGAACUGGACUUGGGACAAAAGCAAAUCACUGGAGUUAAAAAUACCGUAUUUUCUCCAUUGGCAGCCUCUGCUCUAAUAGACGCCGCACCUCCAGUAGUCACCAUAGACUUUGUUAACAGAUGGCAUCUGUAAAGCUGAAGUUGAAUAUGAUCCUUAACCUGGACUUGGGACAAAAACAAUACACUGCAGUUAAAAAUACAGCAUUUCCUGCAAUGGGAGCCUCCACUCCUAUAGACGCCGCACCUCAAUUAGUCAUAAUAGAGUUCCUAAACAGAUGGCAUCUGUAAAGCUGAAGUUUAAGUUGACCUUUAAACUGGAUAUAGGACAGAAACCAACCACAUGAGUUAAAAAUACUGCAUUUCCUCCAAUACGAGCCUCCUCUGUAAUGGAUGCCGCACCUCCAUAGACACUCCAUAGUAACAGGUGGCAUCUGUAAAGCUGAAGUUUGGGGAGAGAAAAUACAAGAAAUAGCCGAAACACCUCCACUCGAAACACCGAUCAACGCUUGCACGUCAAUCACACAUGGCAUCUGUAAAGCUGCUACACAUGGACCAACUUACUGUAUGUUACAAUGUUGUAAUAAAUAU